AGGACGAUGGUGUCAGUCAGUGUGUGUGGGGGGGGAGGAGGACGAUAGCAAUUGCUGAGAACUCCUCUGGCGUUAUAGGCUGUUCCCUGGGUGAGGAAGAGAUGGUUAUUCCCCCCCACUCCAGACAGGAUCAGUUGGGGGGGGGGAGGGAAGGUAUCCCCACUUCAGUGGAGAGUGGCUCACUGCCAGAUUAAAAGUACCACUUGGUUUGAAAAGGCGGUUGCUGCUCUGCCGAUGGUUCAACUCAUCGCCCGGGUGCUAUUGAAGUCAAAUGCAUGCAAUAGAUAUUUCCUGCAGAGCUUGGAAACAAAAAUCUGCUUCUCUUUUCUAACCAGAAAGAUGGAUUCUCCAACAGAAGACACAACAAUGCGAACUCUACUUAAACGGGUAAUUGCUGAAGGAAAUUCGCAAAGUGCAGUGAAUCCUUCCACUUCCAGUAAAAGAAGAAUUAGCAUCAAAAAGAAAAUUAAUAACCCUGUGCAACAGCUUCCAAAUUCAGUUCUUCGCAGCAAAUUACGAGCAAAAGUCAGACGUUCUCUAGCAAACUCAAGUAUGAAGCCUUCAACCAGCGGGGAGUCUGCAGCACGCAAGAUGCCUAUUUCAAAUUAUUUCCUUCAAGAAGGUCUAGAAGACUUCACACCAAGAGGACUAUUGAAAAAUUUCAUACAAACCGAACAAGAAUCUUCCAUUGUUAAGGUGGUGAAGAAUAAAAGAGAAUCUCGGUCAAAGCAACGUAUAUCCGAGAUGAAAUUGCCAAACGACAGUGCAGACAGCUUCAGUUUUAAUUUGCCAGAAGAAGAUACAACAGAGCAGAAUUUUCCCAUAAACUUUAAUGUUGGGAAGCGCAAGAGAAUACGUAUUUCACAGUUUGAAAAAGAGACCCUCCUCGACAGAACAGAGGCUCAAGGAAAUGAACCGGUGGAACCAAGUGAAAAGACCGACAUGUCAACAACAACUGGUUUUCUUGAUCCAGACUUUGUAGAAUCCACCACAAAACCAAUUCUGAGCAGAAGCCACAGAAGACACAAAUUCAUAAGCAAGGAGGACUUUGAAAAAGGGUUAAACCAAUAUCUCCAAGCGAAAGAACCUGAAGAAAAUGAACAAUUGGAACCAUUUGAAAACACCACAGGACUGAUUGAGGCUUCAGGAAUAAUUGGUUCAUUUGAUGUUGAAAAGUCUGUAGCAAGGCCAGUUUUGAGUAGAAGACCUGGAGAACACAGACUCGUCAGUGAAGAUUAUUUUGAAGAAAAAGUCCUUUUCUAUUUACAGGAAGAAAAGGAGAAAAGAAUCCACGAAGAACGCCAAUCUGUUGACGAUGCUGCUGGCAAAGAGAAAUCUGCAGAAAACACACGGACAUUUUCGAAAGAAGAUGAACUCUUGGGCAGUACUGAGCUAUUUGAUUUGCCCGAGACAAAGACCAGUGAUGGAAUGGAGGUUGUUGAGUCAGAAACUGCAAAUCCUUUAAGCAAGCCAACAGCAGGGUCACAGGAAUUGAGAAACGAGUCUCUUCUGAAUACAGAACAAAACCUGGAAAGACAGACUGAAUUAUCGGGCUCUUUUGAGGAAGAAUCUGUAAAGACAGCCAACGCAGGAAGACCAAGUUCUCCUUUCGUUGAAGAAAAGGAGGAUUACUUUGCAGAGCAAGUCCAGCAGUCUGUAUAUACUACAAAAAAAGAUGACGAAGAUCUAUGCAUCGAAGAUCAGUCUGAUGCCAAUGUUAUCGAGGAACCAGCUCACCAAUUCAAACAAGUGCAGGAAUCGGUAGCUUAUUCUGAAACAUCAAAGCAAAAUGAAGAAGCAGCAGAUCAGGAUGAAAAUCAAGCUGAUUACAAUGAGCAAGAGAUCCAAACACAAGAGGGUGCCAGGGAGUGUCAGUCUGAACAUGGGGUAAAGACGUCACUGGCUGCAGCAGAACAUUCAAAAAGAACAGAGGCAUACGCAGAGAAAGUGGCAGAGAACGACAGUGAAUAUCCAACUGUCUUUGACGCAUUGGAGCCAUCCCAAGAAGCCAGACAGAGUUCACCUCCUCACAGUGGAGGGGAGUUUAGUGCAGCACAGUCUUCUAACAGAGCAGAAAGUGAUGAAGUGGAUGAGGAAGAAGAGUUGACAGGAGGUGACAGCGAAUCCGAACAAGAUCCCAGUGAAGUGAGACCAGUCUUCCAGCGUUUGAAAAGCAAACCGUCUCCUUUGCUGACCACACCCCACUUUCUCAAGAUACUUGCAACAAAGGAACAAAAACCACUUGCAAAGGGAAAACAAAGUGGGAAAAGGCAAACGACGAGACAAAAGAAGGAAAAACCUAUCCUGCCAAGAAGCUUCAUUAAGAAUGCCUUUUCUCACUAUGCCAAAAUGAAAGUGAAGAAAGAAACGUAUAACGCUGUUGAACAAUGUAUGGACGUGUAUUUCAAACAGCUUUGCGAUGACAUGGAUGUUUACAGUAAACAUGCUAAAAGAAAGACUGUUGAAAAAGAAGACUUGGAACUUCUAAUGAAAAGACAGGGAUUUGUGACUGAUAAGACACCCUUGAAUGUCCUCAUUGAGCAACAUCUGCCUAUGGAGUACAGAGAAAAACUAAUUCCAAUGGCUGUUAGUGGGAAUAAUCUUAUUCCUAAGAAAUAACUGCAGCGUCUCUUCGGUUCUGCUCUGAGUUCACAAGUCAAAAAGUCACAAAUUAACUUCUGUUGUGGGUCUAAAGUCCAGGACCUGAUUAUGUAGAAAUGUAUAAAUCCACAGCCAUUUUAAAAAAGGUUCUUCCUGGUACAGUAUGCAGUGAUGUGCUUUUGUUGCACUUAUAAAUGUCAGUAUCUUGUAGAAGCUGAUUUUCUUUCUUUACUUCCUUCCUCCCUGUCAAAAAGUCACUGUAUUAAUAUAAAAUCAGGGUAUUUAUCUGAUUCUGAGUCACGUUUGAGUCAUUUCAAUGAUUUGAUUUGACUUGAAAGAAAAAUCUGGAUGAUGGUGUCAGAUCGUGGAUUGCAAAACUAUUUGCUAUCAAUUUUGUGUAUACUGAGCACGAGCCGACAUCAAACAAUUCCCAAUAGAUACAACAAAGCCACGUAUGUAAAACUCUCCACUCAAAACAAGCCUGAACAGUGAUAUGCCCCCCCAUACAACACGCCAUCCUUCUAACCUCUCUGAGUAAGAUUGCUAAUUUUGUGCUACAUUAUGGGAACUCGAGUGCUAUAUGGAUCCAUGCUGAUAGAAAUGGAUUCACUUUCAACUAAUUUCUUGUAAGACUUACACACCCAGCAGUUUGAUUGAACCAGCCUCAAAUCCAAGUCCCAGAGGUUAAAUGAAAUUAAAUGUGGCAUAUCCACGUGUCAGCAUCAAUAUAAAAUAAAUGUCCUGAGUCUGAGUGAACACAAGCAAUUUGCUUCAUCAAGAUUCCAAAAAUCAUUGGCUCAAAUUCUGUUUUUCAGUUAUGUCUGAAUGUUUUUAAGUAGCGAUGAUAGAAUGAUAUGAAGCGGUUAUUAACAGCCUCUCUAAAAGCCAAACAGUUUUCCCAGUCGUUUUGCAUUCUUUGAUUUGAAAAUGUCUUCUAUAUUUGUGGCUUGUGAGUACUUUGGUGUAUACACCAUCUAAUGUAAAUUUCUUAAAUUUCCUAGAGAAUUAAGGAGAGCCACUUAACCUAAUGCUUCACAGAAAUGAAGCUGGCCAUUUCACUUGACCAAUGUUUUGCUCGCCUCAGAAAAUGUAUGUUGUAUUCCACUAUUCUUUUAUAAACUUGUAUUUCUAUUUAAAUCUUAAAUGCAUUUUUGAUUUACCAUUGUAUAGUAGAGUUUGAAUCAGACUUUAUUUAAUUGUACAAUGUAAUAAUACCUAAGACAUAAUAAAGCAAUAAAUUACUUGUACAGUUCAUUUCCAUUUUUGGCAGGCAUACAUCUUGAAACCAUUGUUCAUUAUAAGAGCCAUGUCAAUU